AUGGCCUUCCAGUUCUUCGCCAGGGCGCAUCAGUCCAAAGCGCCCACUUCUCCACCUUUGUCUCCCCCUCAGGCUCCAACUACGAUAACCUCACCGUCUUCAAACAACUCUCACACCAGGCCACCUAAAGGUCCUCCUGCUAUCGUCGUACCGCCCUCUUCUGGCUCAUCCUCCGUGAGUCUGGCGUCCAAAUUUCAGCCUCCAGCAGGCCGAGACUCGACCCUCCAAGCUGUUCCAUACCCAAAGCCCAUCGCAUCAGGCCACCCCACUCCACACCCGCAUGUUACUGUUGAAGUCGUGAGCACAGCUCACAUCCCUUCCCUGACCAGAAUUACGGGCUUGUUGCUUCCUAUUCGCUAUCCGAACUCUUUCUACACCGCCACCAUCACUGACCCUGUGAUCUCGUCCCUGUCCCGCGUGGCCGUCUACCAUGAUCAUCCGGUAGCCGCCGCUCCCACCACUGCAGCGCCAUCUCCCUCAACGGGCUUGAAGACCUCAACAACUGGAUCAGACAAGGUCAUUGGAGGCAUCAGGUGCCGAUUGGAGCGGUUGCCGCCUACUACGGCCGGAAUCUUGCAAGGUCGGUCAAAUUCCGAGCCGACAAACCUCUACAUUCAAACCCUUCAUCUACUGUCGCCCUAUCGAGGUUGUGGGAUUGCAGCAUCGCUUCUUGACUCGCUACUCUACUCCCCAGGCUCCUUGCCAUCUUCUACUUCAUCCCAAUCGCGACCUGAUCAACAGGUCUCAGAUUUGGUGAAGCAUUACAACAUUCGCACCGUCACAGCCCAUGUCCACGAAGCCAACGAAGAUGGUCUGAAGUGGUACGUCGCACGAGGGUUUAAAGUGGAAGAUGGUGUAGUGGAAAACUACUACCGUCGCCUGAAGCCUUCUGGGGCAAAGAUUGUCAAGCUUGUUCUCCAAUGGACUGAUGCGCCCAAAGAGGAAACCCUUCCCUGCAGCAAGGAUCAAGACCAGCGCAAGGCGCCUGGGGGAGAUGAUGACGAUGACUGGGAGAAGGUCGAAGCUGAAGAUGGUGACGAUGAAGACCAUGGAGUAGAACCAUUCGCCGAUGCGGAUUCUAAGCUUUUCGAAGCUGAUGAGGGUGUGAGCAGGAAGCGUAAGGCAGACGAUGACCCCCAGCGGCCAUGA